GGGUGCGGGCCAGCUGGGAAGAUGGCGGGUGUGGGCUUGGCCGCUGUGGGGGCUUGGGUACCUGGUCGGAGCUGGGGCUGGGCAGCUGUCUUCUUCGGCCCCCACCGUGGCCUCAGCGCGUUACUUGCACGGAUGCCCCAGCGGGCGCCACGAUGGCUCCCAGCUUGCAGACAAAAGACGUCAUUCUCUUUACUUAAUCGACCAGACCUUCCAAGCCUGGCUUAUAAGAAGCUAAAAGGCAAAAGUCCAGGAGUAAUCUUCAUCCCUGGCUAUCUUUCUAAUAUGAAUGGUACAAAGGCUUUGGCGAUUGAGGAGUUUUGCAAACCUCUAGGUCACGCCUAUAUAAGAUUUGAUUAUUCAGGAGUUGGAAGUUCAAAUGGUAACUUAGAAGAAAGCACAGUGGGAAAAUGGAGAAAAGAUGUUCUUUCUAUAAUUGAUGAUUUAGCUGAGGGACCACAGAUACUAGUUGGAAGUAGCCUUGGUGGAUGGCUUAUGCUUCAUGCUGCAGUUGCACGUCCAGAAAAGGUCAUGGCUCUUAUUGGUGUAGCUACAGCUGCAGAUGGCUUAGUGACACAGUUUAAUCAGCUUUCUGUUGAGCUAAAAAAGGAAGUGGAGAUGAAAGGCGUGUGGGCUAUGCCAUCAAAAUACCAUGAAGAAGGAGUUUAUAACAUUCGGUACAGUUUCCUUAAAGAAGCUGAACACCACUGCUUGCUACAUAGCCCGAUUCCUGUGAACUGCCCUGUAAGAUUGCUCCAUGGCAUGAAGGAUGACAUCGUGCCUUGGCAUACGUCCAUGCAGGUUGCCGACCGGGUGGUUAGCAAAGAUGUAGAUGUCAUCCUCCGAAAACACAGUGAUCACCGAAUGAAAGAAAAAGCGGACUUUCAACUUAUUGUUUAUACUAUUGAUGACUUAAUUGAUAAGCUUUCAACUAGUUAACUAGUAUCACAUUUUUAGUUGGUACAUAAACUAAUGUGUCCAGAUUAGAAGAGGGAUAACAGAUCAAAGACCCUAAUAGUUUAGGUCCCUUUUCUAUUUUGUAAAUAUAAGUAUUUAUUUAAUGACGUAUUUACACAAGUAGUAUAAAUUGUAAUGAAAGUACCAGCUGCUAUUUGAAAAUUUUCUCUUUCCUUCAAUCCUUGAUCUUUUUUCAUUAAAAUAUUUACUAUUUUUUUAUUCAAGAGCUAUUUACCUUUCUUAUGCUUAUGUUAGCUGUGCCAGCUCUUACUUGCAUUCUCUUCUACUUAGAAUUAUUAAUAAAACUUGAAUUUUUGUUAUAGAUGGAAAUUUAUAAAAUUACUUGUGAUUUUAAAAUGCAGGAAAAUACUUAUAGAAAUAUCGAAAUGAUUGGAGAAAUGUCUGAAGCAUAAUAAAGUUCAAAGACUAAGGAUAUUA